CCACUACACAAUGCAGGCACCUUAUAUCGAAGAAGAAAUCGAACAACUGCUUCAGGAGCUUGGUGGCCUACCCCCAGACACCGCGGGGUACGACUUUGCACUUGAUCCGUCGGUUCUUACAUCAAACAUUCAAGAUGAGGCUUCUCUUUCUUAUUUUACCCCCCUUCCUUCCAUAUUGGAAGAUUCCACUAGCUCCAUGAACAGCGACGCGGGGCUUAAUGAAGCCAGAUUACGUGAUGUAGAAGAGCAGCUUAAGAGCUCCCAGGCUGAGAUUGAGUCUCUCAUGAAGACCAUGAUGCGCAUAAAGGCAUAUUUGUCUGACUUGCAUCCUUGGACACUAGAGAUUACCGAGGCACUUGAUAAGCUGGGUGAAAUCCCCUCUACUACCACUGAACAUAUGCUCCCUAUCGGAGACGAUGAUGAGGUUUAAAUCAUACUGAAAGAGUCAAUCUGCUGCUUCCUGUAUUUAUCUGUCCAUCUAUUUUAGUUACUCUUUCCUUAAGCUUUGCUUAUAUCUCUG